AUGUACGAGCAAGAGCCAAUUGUACAGAAGUACGUUGACCUUUGGCUCUCUCAGCUGAGCAAGAAGAGCGGCGAGACUUUCGACAUAAUCCCUUGGUUUAACUUCCUGACAUUUGAUAUCAUCGGCGAUCUCGUGUUUGCCGAGAGUUUUGGAUGCAUCAAAAAAGGCGGCUAUCAUCCCUGGGUGUCGGCCAUUUUCGAGACCGUCGUCGCCAGCGGCUUCUACCGUUUUAGCCAGCAAUUCCCCUGGCUUCGUCCGCUCAUGAAGUCACUCGGAAGUUCAGCCAAAUCUAUCAAGCUGGAAGCCGAGGGCCGCAAGUUCGCCACUGAGAAGGCCCUGGCGAGAAAGGCUCAAGGCGAAAGCCCCGGGGGCCGUAGGGACUUCAUGACGUAUAUGCUCAGGAAGAACCGCGACGGCCAGCCGGGCUUCCAGGAUAGCGACCUCGUUACUAACACGCCCCUGAUUAUCUCAGCUGGCAGCGAGACAACGGCAACUGCACUAUCAGGACUGACAUGGCACCUUGGACAGGCGAAAUUCCGCCACCAUUACCACAGGUUGGUCACCGAGAUCCGGGGCGCAUUCGCCAGUGAGGCAGAAAUCGAUAUGAAAUCCACUGCUCGUCUGCCAUACCUUAUGGCCACGAUUGAUGAGAUCCUCAGGAUGUACCCGCCUGCAGCGCAGACCCCUCCGCGGGUCAGCCCCGGCGCGGAACUUGAAGGAGAGCACAUUCCCAAGGGGACCGUUGUCACUAUCUUCCAGUGGGCGACAUACCACAAUGCAGACAAUUUCCAUGACCCAGAUAACUUCCGGCCGGAGCGAUGGUUGCCCGCGAACCACGAACUUUAUGAGCCCGUCUUUUCCAACGACAACAAGCAAUGCUUCCACCCUUUCAGCUUCGGCAUUAGAGAUUGCGUGGGCAAGAAUUUAGCUUUGUCUGAGCUCAGGGUGGUUAUCUCGCGCUUGCUAUUCCGCUUUGACGUGGAGCUCGCGCCUGGGCAGGAGGACUGGAUGGACGAUGGCCGCGUCCUGGUUGUCUGGGUGAAAGACCCGCUGAAGGUGAAACUCACCGAGAGGAAACUUAUAUCAGGCGCGUAA